AUGACGGCCGAUAUGGAGAAACAAGCUCUUUCCUUGAAUACAUCGUCGCCUGAGUCGACAACAAACCACGAGAAGACCCACGAGAAGCCCGACGAGAAGAACGAAAAAGGCUCUGGGGGUUUCUUGAGAGUCUUUACUUAUGGAGAACCCAUCGACUAUGUCCUUGAGUUCAUCGCCGUUCUCGCCGCCCUUGGCUCAGGUGUUGCUCUAGCAAUGAUGAAUCUCAUCAUUGGUGAACUGAUGAACGUCAUGAGUGACCCUACACUCAUCGCCACUGACCCCAACAAGUUCAUGUCCAUCGUCAGUAGGAAUGCGCUGUACUUUGUCUACAUAGGUAUUGCUCGUUUUGCCACGACUUAUAUCUACUCGUCGCUCUUUACAUACGUCGCUUUUAAGCUGACCCGCAACCUUCGACGCUCCUAUCUUCGAGCCGCUUUAAGUCAAGAGAUUAGCUUCUUCGACCACGGCACCGCUGGCUCCAUUGCCAUGCAAGCAACAACCAACGGAAAGCUAAUCCAGUCGGGAAUCGCCGAGAAGCUUGGUCUCUUCUUCUCCUCCAUUGCCACGUUCAUCGCCGCCUUUAUAAUUGCUUUCGUCAGCCAGUGGAAGCUCACCUUGAUCAUUAUCGGUGUUUUGCCAGCCAUGAUGAUUGUUAUGGGAGUAUUGGCAGGAAUGGACUCCGGUCUUGAGACUAAGAUCUUGCAAAUCAAUAGUCAAGCUGGAACAUACGCUGAGAGUGCCCUGGGAAGCACUCGAGCCAUCAAGGCAUUCAACCUUGAGUCUCGAAUCAUGCAUAAGUAUGGCUCAUACCUCAACAAUUCCCGACAGCUGGGCAUCAAGAAAAAUCCCAUUUAUGGGGUAUUGUUUGGCUGGCAAUACUUUCUCAUAUACGCAUGCAUGGGUUUGGCAUUCUGGCAAGGAAUUGCAAUGAUUGCCCGUGGGGAGGUGGAUGGCAUCGGCACAAUAUUCACCGUGCUCUUCUCGGUCAUCAUCUCUUCGACUUCGAUCAAUGGUGUGGCUCCUCAUAUCAUGUCAUUUACCCGCGCUGCUACUGCUGCCUCUGAGCUAUUUGUCUUGAUUGACAGAAAAUCUCAAAUCGAUCCCUUCGAUGAAUCCGGCCAAAUACCCAAUGACGUGCCAGGCCACAUUGAAAUCGAAGGCCUCAACUUCAGUUACCCCACUCGUCCGGAUGUUAAAGUCCUGGAAGACUUCUCACUGCGCAUCCCCGCUGGCAAAGUCACUGCUCUCGUUGGUCCCAGCGGAUCCGGUAAAAGUACUAUAAUCGGCCUUUUGGAAAGGUGGUAUAACCCUGCGUCCGGCACGAUCAAACUCGAUGGAGCCAGGAUCAGUAGUUUGAGCCUUGGUUGGCUGCGCACGACGAUGCGGUUAGUCCAACAGGAGCCAGUUCUUUUCAACGGUACAGUCUUCGAGAACAUUGUCAACGGCCUUGUCGGUACUCCUUGGGAGAAAGCCUCACGUGAAGAUCAGCUUCAGCGUGUCCAACAAGCUGCCAAGCUCGCAUUCGCCGAUGAUUUCAUCGUUAAACUCCCGCAGGGAUACGAUACACGUAUUGGUGAGCGAGGCGGUCUUUUGUCUGGUGGUCAAAAGCAGCGUAUCGCUAUCGCGCGCAGCGUCAUCUCCGAGCCAAAAAUCCUCCUCCUCGACGAGGCAACUAGUGCUUUGGAUCCCCAUGCUGAGGGUGUCGUACAACAGGCGUUGGAUAGUGCUGCAAGAAAUAGGACAACCGUCGUGAUCGCUCACAAGCUCGCCACCAUCCGCAAUGCAGACAAUAUUGUGGUCAUGUCCAAGGGCAAGAUCGUUGAACAAGGGAAACACGAUGAGCUGGUGGCCAUGAAUGGCACUUAUGCAAAAUUAGUCAAAGCGCAGGAUCUCUCCGUCGAAAGCCAAGAGAAAAUGGACCAGAGCUCUGACGACGAAUCAGCCGAUGCAGCAGAACCCAUCCAAUCCCUUGCCAAGUACGACACUGCAGUUGCACAGGGACUCUUAUCGCUCAAGGACAAGGAAGACUACAGCCUUUACAAACAGACGGGACUUAUCCACACUGUUUCCAAGUUGGUUCGCGCAACGCCAGAGAUCAGGAUAUGGUACAUACUUGCAUUCAUCACUUGCAUACUUGGAGCUGCGGUUUACCCUGGGCAGGCUCUGCUCUUGUCCAAAGUCAUGGAAGUCUUCAGUGGCAACGACAUGGUCAAGCGCGGCAAUUUCAUUUCGCUCAUGUAUUUUGUCAUGGCUUUGGGCACCUUCAUUGCUUACUUUGUCAUGGGAUGGACGACGAACGUCAUUGCUCAGACUCUGAGCCAAAAGAUUCGCAGGGGCCUUAUGAGGGGAAUGCUCAGACAAGACCUUCGGUUUUUCGACCGUGAGGAGAAUACGGUUGGCGCGCUUACCAGCCGGAUCGAUUCUCAUGCACAAGCCAUUCUCGAGCUCAUGGGAUUCAAUGUUGCCUUUGCGGUUCUAGCAUUUAUCAAUGUUAUUGCCUGCAGCAUUCUUGCCAUUGUCAUCUCUUGGAAGUUGGGUCUUGUGGGAGUCUUCGCUGGCAUGCCCCCUCUAUUGCUGUCUGGCUUCGCCCGCAUUCGUAUCGAAACGAAGAUGGAUUCCGACAUCGACAAGAAGUUUUCGAAGAGUGCUUCGAUGGCCUCUGAAACAGUUAACGCCAUUCGCACGGUCUCAUCUUUGGCGAUUGAGAAAGGCGUUCUGGAGAGAUACACCAAUGAGCUGGAUACUGCGAUUUCGACUUCGACUGCACCCCUUUUCAACAUGAUGAUUUGGUUUUCUCUGACACAGUCAAUCGAGUUCUUUAUCCUUGCACUCGGCUUUUGGUGGGGAUCGCGUCUCGCUGCCGACGGGGAAAUCACCUUUGCCCAAUUCAUCGUCGCAUUUAUGGGUGUUUUUUUCUCAGGCCAAGCCGCGGGAAUGAUUUUCAGUUUCUCAAGCAGCUUUACGAAGGCAAAUGCUGCCGCCAACUACUAUUUCUGGUUAACUGCCCUGGAACCAACUGUUCAGGACACUGAUGAAAAUCGAGAGAAGGGGCCCGCGGACGGCUGCAGCUCCAUCGAUUUCAUCAAUGUUCAGUUUUCAUACCCAUUGGCACCAGAUGCUCGGGUGCUCAAGGGUAUUUCACUCAAGAUUGAUCGCGGCCAAUUCGUCGCUUUUGUUGGUGCUUCCGGCUGCGGAAAAAGUACAAUGAUCUCUCUUCUUGAACGGUUCUACGACCCAGUCAGCGGCUCAAUCGUAAUCGACGGCUCAGCGCCUCUUACGGAUAUCAGCCCACGCAGCUACCGCAGCAAGUUGGCUCUUGUACAGCAAGAACCAACACUGUUCCCUGGUACUAUUCGAGAGAAUAUCGCAGCGGGUAUGGAUGUUGGCCCUGAAGAGCAGGCUGCAGUCAAGGAUGAUUUGAUAGAAGCAGCAUGCCGCGCUGCCAAUGCAUGGGACUUUGUCAGCUCUCUUCCCGAAGGUCUCAACACUCCAUGCGGACAAGGCGGCAGCCAGCUCUCAGGUGGCCAAAGGCAACGCAUUGCCAUUGCUCGUGCUCUCAUCCGCAAUCCUAGUGUCAUUCUCCUGGACGAAGCAACGAGCGCCCUAGACACCGAGUCUGAAAGGGUAGUCCAAAAAGCACUGAUGGAAGCGGCAAACUCUGGAGACCGUAUCACCAUCGCCGUAGCCCACCGAUUGUCGACCAUUCGUGACGCAGACCGAAUCUGCGUCUUUUUCGGCGGCCGUAUUGUUGAGACUGGAACGCAUAACGAGCUUAUUGAGCAGGGUGGAAUUUACAAGAAGAUGUGUGAGGCACAGAGCCUGGACAAUGCGGCAUAG